AUGGACGUCGCUCUGUCGAUCGACACGCUCGUCUCGGGCCUAGGGCUCGCGAAGCUCUCGCUCGCUCGAUCCCAUCACCAUAUUGCUGUCUCCGAUUCGCCCGGCGACCAAUCGGCACCUUCCGCCUCGGUCCUUCAAAUCUCCUCCGCCGUCGUGAGAUCUCAGGCCUGCAGAACCCUGCCUCGCCGUCUCGUCCGGAGAAAGCGGCGAUCGAAGCGGAGAUCAUUGUCUGGAGAUUGCCCCGAUGAAGGGGGCGAUGUCGGAGACUCUGGAUUUUACGGCAGCGACCCGUUUGGUGGGGGUUUUGGUCCCAGCGGCGGAAGCGGCGGCGGAGACAGCAGUGGAUGGAACUUCGGGGGACCUAAUUGGGAGGAUGAUUCGUCUUCGCGGUUUGGUUCUGGUUCAGGUUUCGCACUUGACUUUGUGUAUGAAGUCAUAUGUUGGAUUGCGCUGUCGAAUUGUGUGCAUUUCGCAUUCAAGAAAAUGCUGAGGAGUUUAGUAGUGGAUGGAAUUGGUGAUGCCGCGAGGGAGAAGGUUCCGAUCAGAUUGACGACAAUGUGUUAA